AUGAAGACUAAUGGAGUGAGCAAAGAUGUGGAAACAAAGGUCUCACAGCAAGCAUUCCGACGCCGACAGUCAGAAUAUAUCAAACAGCUGGAGCGGAAGGCCAAAGAUCACAAACCGGACAAUGAGCGCAUCAUUGAGCUAGAAAGGGAGAACCAAUCCCUCCGUGAGAGUCUGAUCCACUGCCACACUAAGCUGGAGAGUUUGCGCACAACGAUAUGCUCCCUCGGCGAUGGUAUCACCCGAGCUCUAGAUGAUUCGGUGAGCCAUCUUCUUAUGAGCCCAUGUCACCCGCAUAUUUGGGUAUCGCUAACGAUGAGUCAGGGUCAAACCAGCAAGUCAACAAUAAACAACGAGGUUGCCGAGAUUGCCGCACCAAUAGAGGUCCCUUCUCCAGAUCCUCCAUUACCAAACCCUGAUCCGAUCUGCGAUAAUGAAGUUUCAGAUAUCGGAUUCGAGUCGCCAUUUGAUCUAGGCCUGUUCAAACGCUCAGGCCAGAACGUGAAGAUUGAUAAUUUCGAGACGCCAAAAACACCAGAUUUCACUUAUUCUGAAUUGAUACAUCAGCCUGAACCAAGAAUUUUAUCGCCAUUGCCGAAUAUUUGGACACAUCAAUACCAGAUGGGUCCUACGCCCUAUGUCGACGCGCUCGGUGCGAAUGAAGCAAUAGCCGAGCACUUGAAAAUAGACUGGACGCCAUCAAAUUCUCCAUUUUCAGAGCAUGUCAGUGCAUUGAAAAAUAUUCUCCGAGAAAAAUGGGACGGAAUGGGUCGAAGCCCCGAGUCCUACCCCGAUCUGUAA